AUGCUGGCCAGUCCAUUGCUGCUGCCAUGGCAUUCUUCGGCGCGUCCGACGUUGCGCGCGACGACACGCCGUAUGCCCCUAAUUUCGCAACAUGUCCAUACAGACCAGCACCGAUACCAACGCUGCCGGUCGCGUCGUACACCUCUGCACGACAGCACGAGCUCCAAUGCUCUCGUCGUCUCAUCUCGUCGCCUCUACAUGUUCCUUUGGCGCAGCAGCAACCUGCCAACCUGCUGUUCAUCGAGACGUGAUCUGCACGUAUUCUCAGCGCUGCGAGAGCAGUCUGACUCCUCUUCACCUGCCACAGAGGCUGACAUCUCCACCAAAAACAGGCUGCUCAGCAAGCACGACGUCCAUGCGGAGCCAAACCUUGAAAGCCGUGAUCAGUCAGAAACAAUCGUAGAUCCUGUCAGGGACGAACAGCCUAGUUUUACUAUACGUAAACAUAUUCAUUUGGACCGCCGAAUCAAGAGGCGUCAAGUGCGGCGACUUCGUGCGGUCCCUAGGGCUCGAAUUGGAGCAGACGCUAAGAGUAAAUCUAAGAGCAGCGUUGAGCCUGACGCGCAAAUUGCGCCUAGUACUGGAGUGGCCGUACAUGAUCUCUCGGAGGCAGGCGAACGCGCAGGCGAGGUCUUUGGGGAGCCUGAUAAAGGGAUCUUGAAUAAGACCGAGCACGGAAGCGCCAAUCAAGAGGAGGGGAAGCAAACAAGACUCUCAACAUCCGAACCGCCUGUUUUGUCGAUUCGGAGACCCAGGAAUCCUGUUCGCAACACGUGGUCUCGUGCAGGUACUGUCAUUGUGCCGCGUGUGUCAACGAACCACGAUAUGGACGUCAUUAAAGGCCAGCUUCUGAAAGUCCUGCCUUCCUUCGCGCCGAUUCUAUUCGAAGGUGAUGGAAUUCAGACAUGCGAGAGACAUAUUCUCCUGCUCUUCACGUCAGGUUACGCAAAGCACCUGGUCCGGACUACAAACUGCGAACAGCAUGAGCUUGUUGCUGCACUAGCUCAUCGUUUGCUUUACCAGCGCCGUCAGAAGUUGCCACAAAAGUUAAUCAUCGGCGUCGCAGUUGUAGACAAGCUGCCCGCACCGUUCAAUGACGAACACACAACGGCAAGUGGCUACGAAGGUGUUGCGUAUGCGCUUGUAGACAGUGUAGACUGUGCCAAGCAGACCGUGGAGGAGGGUAGGGAUAGGUCUGUUGCAACCAGCACUGAGACCGUGGGAAGCAAAGUGCUCAAGCUCAGAUUUGAAAUUGAAUGCUCUAGUAAGGGCUGGUUUCGGGAGGAUACUGAACCGCCUAAGAGCUAUGAGGUACAGAUCCCGCUUGCAAACACAGUGUUCCAGACUGGCACGGAAAACGUUUUGCAUAUCUCGAGGUGGACGAGAUACCCGAGCAGAUCUCUAAUACAAACCGCAACUAGCAGCGUCCAGAACUUGACAGCAACCAUCAAACUUGCCCAUAUUGUGCCUAAGGACAUAAGGACCCUUGUGUUCGCACCUUUAAGACCGCUAACUGAACCGCGGAUCGUUGAAGCGAGUAUGGGCAACAUCAUUCGCCAGCUAAGGCGAGGGGAUGGCGAGACCGAUGUGGUUCCCGCGUCAUCAGAGCUCGAGAGUGCAGUCAACAACAUGGUUGCGUCUGGUGAACUGCCCUCUAGUCCUGUCUCUGUGUGGGCGCUCAUAAUCAAGCCUUGUGUUUAUGAAUCUUUGAAACACCAACAGAUUGCCUUUCCUUCCGUGUCUCCCCUCGCCAACGGCCACCUGUUUCAGGACACGAGUGAUGGCUCAUCAAGGCUUUCUUCCCCUGUGGAACAGCAGCUGUCCAAAGAGUAUGCUGAUCUGACGGCAAUCCUUGGAGAAGGAGGCCGCCUUCAUCGCGUCAUGAGCGGUGGGGGUGGCUGGGGCAAGAAAGCAGGACUCCUUUCCAUCAGCCCUGCCAUAACUUUGGAGCCGCAGUCAGCGGAGCUAAGAGACUCGCACUUACUCCCGCCGUAUAUGCGGGAUGUACAAGAUAUCAACGAAGCUUUGGGCAGCCCUGUGGAGCCUGGUGACCGUAUUCAGCUUUUCAUCGCUAAAUCGGAUGGUGAGACUGCUUUGUGCCAGACGAAUCAUGUGUUCAACAAGCACACGCAGAUCGUCAGUCUUGGCACCAUCCCCAGUUCUACUGAUGCUAUGCCUGUAGAGCUAGGUUUAGCUUCAAACGAUGAGCAAUCUGAUGGGACAGCGCGACUGUUCUCAGGAUAUUUUGGCGUCCUCUCUGAGAGGGGAAUUGGCAUCUCCAGCAUGACGGAGGAGGGUAACAAGAUGAAGACUCUGAUCGAUGUUCCUUACUCACGGUUCAAUAUGUAUUAUCCUUUGAAACGCAGGACCCAAAGGACAUUCAGAUCUGUUCUGUCAGGUAGAAAAUCACGAUCUGGUCUGGUUAGAAAGUUCACACCAAAACAGGCCAAGACAUCAUUCUAUGUCACGCAUCGCAUUGACGCCUCACAAGCUGUCAGGUCUGCAACUAUCUUGCGGGAUGCCAUCAUGCAUGAACAGCAAAUGAGGGUAGAGCAACGGACAGCUCAUGGUAGUAUGGAUUCGGAGGCAAUUGCCGAUUCAAAUGCACCCGCAGUGACAGUUCCCAUCACACACGCAACUGGAGACUCUGAGCUUUCUCUCAACACUGGGGAUACAAAGAUGGACGAGGCAGGUCACAAAACGGAGACAUCAACGCAUGAAGGGCGUAAAGAAGAAUUGCAUGAGUAUACCCAAAGGUUGGCUACGAUGAGCCAAGACGAACUGAGCAUGGAAAAAGAAAAUUUGGACAUUGCCAUCAAGAAGGCAAAGGCGGCGCGGCGGAAGGCCCUGGCGAAUAUCAGGAAGAUGGAGCUACCUCGUGGCUCAGGUCGUUCAGUAGCACAACCUGCAGAAUCUUCGACUCCGAACGAAGUUCGAGUGGACGGCUUGCCUGUGCCGAAUAUCGAGCUUAUCAGCAAUUUAAGCUUUGAGGAAUUGUGCAAAACAUUCCUCAAACUCCGGAAAAGGGCCGGGCAAAUGCGCAGAAACAACUCGAACUCGCCGCGGUCCUAUAGAUUGAGACAAAUUAAGAGUCUUUGGUUUGAUCAUGGCUUCCCGGUCAAGCUGGUGAGGAUGCUUUCGAGGUAUCACCUUCUACCGCAACAGCUUCCAGAAGAAGCCCUCUCAACCUUCAAAAAGUCUCUCAACGAGGUGGAGAAGCUUCCGUUUACAGCUUUGAGGGCUGCUGCCGCGAAAAUGACGAAAAGCAACAAAGGGAAAUUUUUCAGAAAAUGGAAACUCUUCAGGAGCAUAGGCAGCUUCAUAAACCAAGAAGCGCAAGCGCAUUAUUAUCGAAAGCUUCUGCAGCGAGCGAGGCAGGAAAGUAUGUGGAAGGAAAAUGCCCAUGACACAGCAAACGUCGUUCGCAAUGCUGUUGAGAAGAAAAGUACACAAGAUCUCGAUCCUGCGUAUCGCGAAAUGCUUUUUCGUGUAUUAGGAAGGACUUCGACAAUAGGAUUCCAGUACAAGCAUCGUCAGUGGUUGUUUUCGGGUCUUCCGCUAGAAACUAGGGCCCGGAUGUGGAACACGCCAGCAACAAACAGCGUCCUCCAGGCUAUGUUUCAAUGGCUCGCGCGAACCAGAUACUCAACUGGCGACUCAGUUGCCGCAACUUUACUGGAGAGCAUUGCUUGGAACAGUUCCUUUUCCCGGUCGGCACGAUUGACUCGACUGAGACAUGCACAACCCAGGCUGCAUGUGAAAUAUGACUCUGGUGAUUCAAUAAGCCUCAUUGCAAGCGGCAAAGGCGUCCGCUUGCAGUCUACACCUGACACCACGCGCCACGACCUUGAUACUGAGAAAGAAUUGCAGACCUUCCCUCAGAAGCACCCUUGGGAAUUUCUCUACCGUUUGCUGACACCCUGGCCGGGCGGUGAGAUUCCGCGAAAGAUUAACGUGAAACGUAGCGAUGAAAACAAUUGGAACAUGAAGCUAGGCUUCAAGUCGCUCAGAUCGAGGUUAGGAGUCAUCUUCCAGAAGUUCGAUGAUGCAAUCAACGCUCAUGGCGAUCAACCGGGUUGUGUGGAGGUAGACAUCGGAGAAGAGAUACGCAUGCUGUUCCCGUCCUUGCUGCGGCCUGAAACUUCAUUGGCCAAAGAUCUCCAUAUCCAUAUCACAGAGACAACAGAGAUGCGUGCCAAGAAGCCUGUACGCAUUCGAUACAUUCCACAAUUGACAAUCAGGAAAAGGAAAGCAGGGUGCGAUCGCUCCGUGGAGGCCCGUUAUGGUAUCUCUCUCCCUUAUGUAAUGAUCUCAAUCCCGAUCAAGCCGACGACAUCAUAUAAUUUUCGUAGCCAGUGGGAUACCAGACCGAAUAGCCUUGCUUUUGAGCUGAUGGAGAAGCGCAUGAAGCACCAGGUCCAAAACCGCAUAAGAGCCCGUUUUGCAGCGGCUGAAUUGGCCAAGAGACCAAAUCUCUUAGAGGGGGAGAGUGAUAAAGAUGUUGACUAUGAUCUCGUGGAGCGAGCCAUUGAAAGAAAGAUAGACAGAAUGGGUUAUCGCCAGCUCACAUUUAGGCGGUUGCAACUUGAAUCUUAUAAUGAGGAGCCCGAGCAGUGGGACAUCGUUAGAGAAGACGAGACGAAGUUUUUCAAACCUGUGACCCCUCACACAGAUGAAGAUGCUGUUCCUCCUGGAUUAAGGAACCCUAAUUCGAUGGACGAAACUCACCAAGAUCACCGUAUCGUGUCGACUGCGCGGAAGUCUCCGGAGCAGCGAGCAGCAGAGAAAGGAAGGUUACGAGCCGAUACCCUCAAACUUCUGGAAACUCUGCAAGGCGCCGAUGUUUAA